AUGAAUCAGCGCGCGCUUUGCCUAGGUGGCGUGGCCGUGGUUCUUUCCAUCGCCGUGGUGCUGGCGGGCCUCAGCCAGCGCGUUGCGCCCGCACCCCAUGCUGCACUGAUGGGGGCGACGGCGGGGAACGGGGGUGUGGGAGGGGCAGUGACGCAAGGGAGGGAGAGAGAUCAGGAGAGGGAGGGAGGAAGCGAGGCCGGGAGGGAGGAGGGCGGCGACGAGUGGUCGCUGGGCAGCGACGAGCGCUUCCUUGUGUACGCGUCGCACAGCGGCUUCAACAACCAGGUGUUGGGCUUCACGCGCGCGCUGCACAUGGCGGCGCUGCUGAACCGCACGCUCGUCAUCCCGCCCAAGCUGCCACACAUGUCAGGCGCGGGCGGCAACAUGGACCCCGCCACCUUCCGCGACUCCGCGUGGGCCGUGUACUCGCGCCACCUGCUGCGCGCCGACUACGUGUCGAUGGCGGACGUGCUGCGAGUGGCGGCCAUACCGCCCACUGUGGUGCGCACCAUCGACCUGCGUCACCUCGUGGCUCGCCUCUGCGCCUGUGACGUGGCCGUGCCGUGCUGGACGGCCUCGUGCCACGGGCUCACGCGCAACACCUCGUCCUCGCACCAGGUACUCACGCCUGCCUCGCUGCGCCUCGCCCACCCGCUACAAGCAUGUGCGCUACAGCGCUCACCACGCUGCGUGUGCGGCUGGCGUGCGAGCAUGUGGUCAACGGGUGUCAGCUGCUGUCGUGUGCUCACUGCAGGCGUGCGCGCCUCACCACCUGUCUGUGCUGCUUCCCCGUGCGCCCCAUCCUGCCAGGCGCGUGUGCACUGCCUGCAGCAGUGCGGGGCAAGGCUGGGCGCGGCGCCUCUGGCGCGCGCAGGGCCGUGGGGCGCGCUGGACGCAGUGUGGGGCGCCGUGCAUGGGGCAUGGGGCGCACACACGGACGUGGCCGCCGUGUGGGAGGCGCAGGGCCUGCUGUACCGUGUCCCCCACAUGUGCAAUGAGACCUUGUGGACCAUCGGCAACUACUCCAGCCUGCGUGCAUUGCGUGCGACGGUGGGAGACAGGGCGGAGUGGCCGAUCAAGCUGUGCAUGAACACGGACGUGAACGAGUAUCUGCCCAAGCCCACGCCGCUGCACCGCCUGCUCAUGCCGCACACUGCCAAGGUGAUGGCGUUCCCCUCCAUGUUCCGCACACCCAUCGCUGAUAUUCGCCUCGACUUUGGCCCUCGCAUCAACCAAAUACGACAGGCCGCCUUGCCGUUCUUCGUGCAGCUUAUACUGGACGCAGCUGCCGAGUUUGUGAGGGAGCACUUGCGGCGCCCGUAUGCAUGUGUGCACGUGCGCGGCACGGAGCCGCCGUACAGCUGGAAACUGAACGCCACACUGCGCAUAGCAGAGGCAGCCGUUGCUGGCAUGGUGCGGCGGCAUGGCAGCGGGGCAGGGGGGCGGGUGCCUGUGUUCCUCAUGACGGACCUGGACCGCACCACCUGGCACGCACUGCUGCUGCCGCGCGUCGCUGCUCUGGGAGUGCGCGUGGUGACUCUGGAUGCCACACCAUUCACAGCGCGCAUGCAUGAUCUCUCGCGCGUUCUGCGCCAACAAGGGGCCGGCAUCAGAGCCAACCGACUUGCACCUCCCCCACAGGCUAAGUGGGGGGAUGAUGUGGCGCACAACAGCACGACCUUCAGCACCUACCCGGCAGGGCUGCCAGGCGAGAUAACAGACAUACAGUUGUUCGUGGAGCAAGUUGUGUGCUGCCAUGCAUCCCUAGGCACCAUAACAACUGCUGGGUCCAGUACAAGUCUGCUAGUCUUGCUCCAUCAAGCAGCUGGCCACUGCAGUAAACUUCCAGACCUGCCGUGA